AAAUAUCCUUUCCCAAUGACCCAAAUUCCCCCCAAGUCCCAACCUUUUUCACAAAUCCCCAAAUUACCCUUCCGAUGACCUAAUCAACCCCAAUCUUUCCUCAAAAUCCCCAAAACCCUUCUCUCUCUCUGUGCAAUCGCAGGGCGUUUUCAGAUCGGAAACCCUCUCCUUUCCAGCUUCGAACUUGAACCAGAGAUCGGAUUUUAACGCUAGAUGAUGAGAUCUCAGAAGCGGACGAGCUGAAAUGAGCUGAUCCCAACUUCAAUUUCUCGAUUUGCAGGCAGGUACGGCGAGUUUCGAUGCAAAGCAGUGAAUUUUGGGACAUGGGCAAAAGGCAGGAAUCUUAAUAGAGCAUUGAAGGAGCUAUGGAGACUUACAAUUUCUUCGUUGGGCAAGAGUUCCCCGAUGUCAAGGCUUUCCGAAGAGCGAUUAAAGAGGCUGCCAUUGCUCAACACUUCGAGCUUAGGAUAAUAAAGAGUGAUCUGAUUCGUUACUUUGCCAAGUGUGCUAAGGAAGGCUGUCCAUGGCACAUACGGGCAGUUAAACUACCCAAUGCUCCAACCUUCACAAUAAGGAGCCUUGAAGGGACGCAUACCUGUGGCAAGAAUGCGCAGCUUGGCCAUCAUCAGGCAUCAGUAGAUUGGAUUGUGAAUUUUAUAGGGGAACGUCUGCGAGACAAUGUACAUUACAAGCCGAAGGAUAUAUUGCAGGACAUUCACAAACAGUAUGGGAUCACUAUACCAUACAAGCAAGCAUGGCGGGCGAAGGAAAGGGGCCUGGCUGCAAUUUAUGGAUCUUCCGAGGAAGGAUAUUGCCUUCUUCCAGCAUACUGUGAACAAAUAAAGAAAACCAACCCUGGAAGUGUCGCGCAAGUGUUCACGGUAGGAUCCGACCAUCGAUUUCAACGACUAUUUGUCGCUUUUCAUGCAUCAAUCUAUGGCUUCGUAAAUGGUUGUUUACCCCUUGUUGGGCUGGGUGGAAUGCCAUUGAAAAGCAAGUACCUUGGCACCUUACUUUCUGCCACAUGUUUUGACGCGGAUGGCGCUUUAUUUCCAUUGGCCUUUGGUAUUGUUGAUGUAGAAACUGAGGAUAGCUGGAUGUGGUUUUUAGGAGAGUUACAUAAGCUGCUAGAGAUGAACACUGAAAGGAUACCUCGCCUUACAAUCUUGUCUGAUGGACAGAAGGGCAUUGUAGAUGCCGUUAGAAGGAAAUUUCCGAGUGCAUCCCAUGGGUUUUGUAUGCGUCAUCUAAGCGAAAACAUAGGCAAAGAGUUCAAGAACUCAAGGCUCGUCCAGCUUCUUUGGAAGGCAGCUUAUUCCAUUACUACUACAGGAUUUAAAGAAAGAAUGGCAGAGAUUGAAGAAGUUUCUGCAGAUGCAGCCAGGUGGAUUCAACAGGUUCCACCUUCACGUUGGGCUGUAGCAUAUUUUGAUGGAGCACGAUUUGGCCAUCUUUCUUCAAAUAUUGAAGAGUUCAAUAGAUGGAUCCUUGAAGCACAAGAACUUCCCAUAAUCCAAGUAAUAGAACGGAUUCAUAGUAAGCUGAUGGCCGAGUUCAGCGAACGGCAUGAGAAAGGUUUGAAAUGGACAUCGAUACUUGCCCCGUCAGCUGAGAAGCGCAUGUCAGAAGCAAUUGCCCGUGCAAGCGGCUAUCAAGUGCUACGUUCAGAUGAAGUAGAAUUCGAAGUUAUAUCCGCUGACCGCUCGAAUAUUGUGAAUAUUGGCACUCGUUCUUGUUCAUGUCGUGAUUGGCAAGUCUAUGGCUUACCAUGUUCACAUGCUGUUGCAGCACUGCUCUCAUGUAGAAAGGAUGUCUAUGCAUUUUCUGAGAAGUGUUUCACUGUUGCUAAUUACCGUGAGACGUACUCGCAUGCAAUACACCCCAUUCCGGAUAAAAGUGAAUGGAGCAAGGGAAAUGACACUCUAGGGGAUGAAGACAUUAGAGUUGUGCGGCCACCAAAAUUCCGCCGUCCUCCAGGGCGCCCUGAAAAGAAGCGGCUAUGCAUAGAGGAGCUUAAUCGUGAAAAGCAUACCGUGCAUUGUAGUCGUUGCAACCAAACAGGACACUAUAAGACAACGUGCAAAGCAGAUAUCAUACCAAGGAUAGAACAGUUCUAGAUCUCUGUCUGUGUAUUAUCAGUCUAUAAUCUCCCUAGAAAAUUAGUUCUUAUAUAUCAUCUCACAGAAUAGCAUCGCAUAUUGGAGGCAUGUCUUAUCAUGGAGUGUAAUAUGAAUUAUGUAUUGUAUUUUAAUGUACCGUGUUUGAAACAAACUUCAGGAAUGGGGAA